AUGGCCUGGCCGGGGAAUAAAAACCCCAACUACCAGAAAAAUGGCAGCCUUGUACGCAUGAGGAACGAGCUGACGGCCAUCGCCAAAGCCAUAUCCGAAUUCGUGCCGGUGAUUCUUCUAGUUAGUCGUGACCAGGUGCCUGAUGCUCAGCAGAGAUUUCAAGAGAAGAGCCAUCACGCCGUGGAAAUUAAAGCUAUGGACAGCGGUAGCUUGGAGCCGUGGAUGCGUGAUAUCGCUCCCACAUUUGUGUUCAGCGAGAACCCGUAUUCCGAUCUCCAUUGGGUCGAUUUCAAUUUCAAUGGCUGGGGAGGACAGUAUCCGUCGGCCGACAAUUCCCAGUUGGCUGCUCGGUUCCUCCAGGAUAGCCAGAUCCCCCGUGUGAAUUCGAUCCUCAACCCGAACCGCAACCUGCAUAUGUCUCGAGAUGCCAUCGAGCGGGAACUCCACCGGGUGUUGAAUGUUUCCAAGAUCAUCUGGGUCCCCGGCGUGAGGGAUCAGGACGUCACUGAUGCGCACAUCGAUGCCCCUGGAAAAGUCGUCUUGAGUCGUCCUGCUCCGGGCAGUGGGGUGUGGACAAAGGUUUACGAUGAAACCAAGCAUAUCUUGUCCCGUGUCACUGAUGCCAAGGGACAACGCCUUAAGAUCACUGAACUUCCCGAGGCGGAUGUGAAUGAUUUUGACACAUCAAAGACAGACAUGGUAUUAGGCUAUGUCAACUAUCUGCACUGUGAGGGUCGAUGUUUCCUGGCUAAAGAUGUGGUGCGGUCGAAGUGA